AUGCAGCCACCACCGAAGCCACUUUGCGACCUCAACGAUACCUGGGAGGAUGUCCUGGCCGCCUUCAAGGACUGCCUGAAGGGGGAGUCGACCUGGAGCUGCCACUGCCUCGACGGCAUCGACAAGGAGGUCAUCCUCUCCGCACCGGAGAUCAUGGACCCCAAGACGGACUCUGGCUUUAACUGCGAGGAGAUCUACUCCCUCUCCCACCUCCUGAAGACGCAAGAGGUGCCCUCGGCAGCUACCGUGUCUACGGAGGCGGCGCUACUGGAUGUAAUGGACUACAUCCACGUCAAGGAGCUCACGUACCUGCAGGGGUACUCGCUCACUCAGAGCUACCUGGACUUCCCCUACUUCCUGCGCAUGGAUCUUCUCAAGGAGCAAAACGGCACCCUGCACGCUUACUGCCGCGGCGUGCUGCGCUCCCUCGAUUGUGUACUGCGCGCCGUCUUCUCCACUACGAACCGCAGCGAGGAGGAGUUCAUGCUGGUGCCCCCGGAGCUGGACCGUCAGCCCGACUGCAGCGUGGACGAGAUCCUGGCGGAGCUGGAGACAGCCGCGGUGAAGUCCUCGAGCCCCGCCGUGGCUGCCCGGCUGCGCUUCCGCAAGCACUUCCUCGCGACCCUCUCGCUGCUGCUGGACUCGAAGAAGAGGUCCGAUAUUGAGGCGGCGUGCGACAUCUGCCAGGAGGCCCUCGCGCUGCUGGAGAGCGACCUCUACAUCCGCUCCAGCGAGCCGGCGCCGGAGGCGAAGCUGCUACGCGCGGAGGAGAUCGCCUACUGGGUCAGCGUCAUCACGCCGACCAAGGCGCUGCCCGCAACGUCCUUUGCCGAUGCCAUGUCCGCCUACAAGUGCCUGCUGCAGCAGUUGAUAUCGUUCAAGACGCUUGUGAGCAUCGAGUCACUUGCCUGCAUUGCGGACUUCAUCGAGAACUUUGGCGCGCUGAAGCCGCUCCUGCCGGUGCGCUCGCUCUGCGCCGUCGUCUUGUUCAGCCGUGACCCCAACGAGUCGUUCCUUUACGGCGCCCCGCUGCAUCGCCGCAUGCUGGAGACGCUGACGAAGAGGUACGGCGCCCCGCUCUAUCAGAAAAUUUUCGAGGCCGACGAGGCCAUGGUUGACGGUGUCGUUGAGUACCGCGUGAAGUGCACGAUGAACCGCCUGAAGGUGACGCCGGGGCAGCGAACACUCCUGCGCCAGCAGACCGUCGACUCGGUGCGGCGCUGGGUCACGGAGGUGUGCAAGCUGUAUCUCGUCUUCCUGGAGACGAUGUUGUGCAACCGCGGGCUCGCGCACCGGCGUAUGAUGAACACGAUGGCGGACUUCAUCCGCCUGCAGGAGUUGUCGUACACGACCGACCUCUCCGUCUUCCUCGCCAACGUGCCCGGUGUGUCGAAAGAGUUGGAGGCGGAGUGCAUCCGGUGCAGCACGGUACUGACGCUCUUCUCGAACGACUACGUGCUGCGCGCGAUGGAAAUCAUUAUGAGCUUCGAGGUGGAGCUCGACUUGCUGACGCAGGGAGAGCUCGUACCGGCAAUAUGGUACAUCAACUUCGUGCAGCGCGCCCAGAAGGAGAACAUGACGGCGCUGUGCCUGCAGAGCACGAACUUUAUUCCCGCGACGCUGAUCAACAAGCGCACCCACAUACCGGUGCACAACCUUGCCCUAACCACGCGCACGACGGGACAGAUGGAUCUCGCCCGCGACGGCCUGCUCGACGCGUGCUGCUCCCUCUCCGACGCCACCUAUCUCUCCGCAUGCCUUAUGGAGAAGAAGAACCUCAUUGACCUCUUCAGUGCGCCAAAGGGCUCCCUCAUCAGCGUCGAGAACACCUUCAACCACCGCCUGCUCCUCUGCUACGGCCAGCUGCGCAACCCGCCGCUGCGGUCGUACGAGCGCUGCAUGAGCGCGAGGCCGUCACUGGACGACGUGAGCAAGAUCCCGAUGUACGCCAAAAAGGCGGCCGAGGUGGCCAGCAACGCCGCCGAGAAGCUGAAGGCUGUCAGGUCGAGCAGCACCAUCGACGAGGUACGCAAGGCUGCCAUUCGGCGCAAUGCGGAGGGGCUUGAGAAGACGGCGCACAUCGUGGCUGCGUCUCUCCGCGCCUUCUCGGCUGUUUGCGCGAACGGCGAGGAGCUGAAGGACUACUGCGCCACGGUGGAGCGGCCUGGCUUGCCAAGCGCUCUGGCCUUCACAUUCCGCAAGAGGAAGGAGACAGCCACGGCGUAG